AGAACAAGCAGCAAAAUGACAGCAGCCACGAAGCUCCUGGAUGAGAUGUGUCAUCUGAGCGCUCAGUCUCUGACAGCUCUGGACACGUCGGAGCACUUCAAGCUCCUGAAGCUGCUGGGGGAAGGCUCGUACGGGAAGGUCAUGCUGGCCGUACACAAGAAAAGAGGUACUCCCAUGGCUUUGAAGUUCUUCCCUCGCGAGUCCACCUCACUUUUCUCCUUCUUGAGGGAAUACAACCUCUCCCUGGCGUUUUGCACCCACCCGUCUCUGACUCGAGCUUUGGGAAUCGCCUACUUCACUCCUUCGCAUUACAUCUUCGCUCAGCAGGCCAGCCUCUUCGGUGAUCUGUAUGACGUCAUCGUUCCUGAGGUGGGGAUGGAGGAGGACUGUUGUCAGCGGGUGGUGUCCCAGCUGUGUGGGGCCCUGUCCCACCUGCACGCCCUCGGCUUUGUCCACAGAGACGUCAAACCCGAGAACGUCUUCCUGUGCGACUCUGCCUGCCGGUGGGUCAAACUGGGAGACUUCGGCAUGGUGAAGGCCAAAGGAACCAGAGUCCCAGAGGUCUGGUACAGCUCGCCUUACUGCACGCCGGAGGCGGAGGUCGCUCGGGGCAACGAGGACAGCUGGAGCAGCAUGAAUGAUCAGCGUGACGGAGCUAAGGAUGACGAGGAGAAGGAGAAGAAGAGGGUUUGGGCGUCUGUGGAGCCCAGCACAGACAGCUGGGCCCUGGGCGUCCUGACGUACGCCAUGAUCACCGGCAGCCACCCCUGGGCCGAGACGGCCAGCGACUGUCGCUCCUACCUGAAAUAUCAGGAGUGGUGUGAUAGAGCGAAAGGCCCCAGUGAUGAACUGGACGUUUGGACAGAACCACAGAAAACCAGCGAUCCCAACAAAGCACAGAAGGACCAAACCCCCACAGCCCCCCAGUUCACGUGUUUCACACCGCUGGCCUGCUGCUUCUUCCAGUCGCUCCUCAACCCCAGAGCGCAGCACCGCGGUCGACCCGAGGACGCUCUGAGUUACCUGGGAGGGGACUGGAUGGUGGAGAAAGAGAGGGCGAGGCUGGAGGAGGAGAGAAAGAAAAGCAGCGGGAAGGGUGCGGUCAGGCGCAUGAAAGAGAUGGAAGGGAGAGGAGAGCGGUGAGAAACCCAAACAGACUUUAAUGGACUGUUGAUGUAAAGACUUUUUUUAAAUAUAUAUUUUUUUAGUUAAGCAAACU